AUGGGAAGGUGCGGCUACCGAGGGGAGCAGGGAGCAGAUGUCUUGCGAUGGGAAGGUGCGGCUACCGAUGGGAGCGGAUGUCUUGCGAUGGGAAGGUGCGGCUACCGAGGGGAGCAGAUCUCUUGCGAUGGGAAGGUGCGGCUACCGAUGGGAGCGGAUGUCUUACGAUGGGAGGGUGCGGCUACCGAGAGGAGCGGAUGUCUUGCGAUGGGAAGAGAGGCCAGGCCGAGCGGCAAGCCUCUUACAAAGAGCUACUAUCAUGGUGUGUGCGAGACGCCACUUAGUGGCGCCACCAUCGGAGAAGUCCUCGGACAGAAAGCACUGGAAAAUCCGGACCGCAUCGUUAUUAAAGCCCCAGAGUUUGGACAGAGUGUCACCCUAGGGGAGUUAAAAAGAAAGGCAGAUUGUGUCUCCAAAGCGCUUUUGGCGUCCGGAGCCAAAAAAGGCGACUACGUGUUCUUGACUGGGGUGGCAGACACAGAGUUUGUCGUCUGGUAUUUCGCCGUCGUCCAAAUAGGACUUGCAAUUCUCGCGCCCGUUCGUGUUGCACAUCCCGAAUCCCAGCUGGCAUAUUUCUUGAAAUCGAAGCCUGUUGUAGCCUACAUUGGCAGAGAUCAUGCUCAAGGGACGAUAGAGAUUCUCAAGGACUUGCAACGAAGCCACGAUGGAAACGUUGUAUUGGUCAGUCACCAGCCAGCCGAUCCAGAUUUUCUACCAUACGAGAAGUUCCUAGCAUCAGGACAGGCGAUCGCUGAACAGCAACUUAAGACGGCCACUAAGUCAGUCUCCAUCGACGAUGUGGCCUACAUGAUAGCCUCAAGUGGAACUUCAAGUACCAGUUAUAAAGUGUCAGCACAUACGCAUCAUGCCAUGGUCAACCUCGCCAAAUUUUGCCAACAGCGCAUGCGUCCAUACACGGAAGAGGAAGUAAUUAGCAUCAUGAACCCGAUACAAGAUGACACGUGCGUCCUGACACUACUUGGGCUCGUCAUGCACGGUGAUCACGGGGUUAUCGCACCACGUGACCUCGUGCCGUAUACGGACUGUGCUGAUGUUUUCAUGAAGUUUGUACACGAAAACAGAAUUGUGUGGCAUUCUGGGAUGCCGUUUGAGUUCAUUCACACGAUACAGUCUUCCAACCGGGAAAAGUACGACUUGUCAAGUCUUCGUGGAGGAAACCUGGUUGGCCAAAUAAUAACUAAGGACGUCAAGACAAAACUCCUCAAUACUUUCUCCGACAUGAUUACCAUCUAUGGUGCCACGGAAUGCUUCGCGGGCUUGGCUACAUCAGUGCGGUGGUCGACACCCGAACAAAGAUUUAAUUCAAUAGGCUUCCCACUUCCCCAUUGUGAGGUAAAGCUAGUAAACGAAAUGGACGAUGUUGUUCCUAUCGGAAGCCAGGGGGAAAUAUGUUUGAGAGGAUGGCCCAUACUAAAAUAUUAUUUCAACGACCCAGAACGUACUGCACAAACAAAACAUCCGGACAAUAAUGGAUGGCACCACUUCGGCGACAUUGGAAUAAUGGACGAGACUGGACACGUGACAUACAUUGGCCGAAAGUCCGAAAUGGUCAGAUUCAAUCAUUUCUCAGAAACCGUCUCUCCGAGUGUCAUUUUAGAAGUUGUGAAAAAAGACGAACGAGUGCUUAACGCAAAGGUCGUUGGUAUUCCAAACGACAUCAAAGGAGAUGAUAUUUGCCUCUGUGUUGAAGUGAAGGAGGAUUGCCAUGUCACUGAGCAAGAACUAAGGACAUCUAUGGAACAGGAGCUGAAUGAAGUUUUACGUCCAGAUUACUACUUUAUUUUUGACAAGCUCCCUAGGACGGGUUCACGACAAAAGAUUGCGUAUGUGGCCCUUACAGAAUGUGUUGCCGCAAAACUGAAGAAAUUACAGAUUGACGAAUAACAGAUGCACAAGAAAUAGUUGCCUAAAAAUGUACGAACAAUUUAAAAGUUUAGUGUUAUUAUGUUGAAACAAAAGUACAAUCACAUUUAAAGUGAAUGUUUUCGAAAGAAAGUAUAUUAAAAUAUGUUUAAAGAAACUAGUAAAAAAGAACGUGUUAAAGGAGAUGGACAAAUUUGAGAACUCAAUGUUUUUAUUUUCAGUUUUAAAU